CUGACAGCGAUUGUUUCGCGGCUUCGCGCCUGUUUUGUGUUUUGGUGUUUCGCUUCCUUUUGAUCGAGAAGCUUUCUGAGGUUGUGUCCUGUCCAGAAGUGUCCGAAAGAGUAAACACCAUCAUACCAUGUCGACCGAGAAUACUGUACUAGAGGCUGUAAAAGCCAAAGAUGAGACUGAGAAACAGCAAAACGGUGACGAUAGUGUAGAAACAAAGACUGCAGAAGGCAAUGCUACCAAGAAACCAGCAGCAAAAAAGGAAAAGGGUGAAGAGAAAAAGGCAAAGUCUGAAGAGAAGAAAAAGGCGAAGAAGAGAGCUGCUGAGUCAGAGGAAAAUGACUCGGCUGAUGACGAGAAGCAAAAGCCUCUGUUUGAGCAGCCUGUUGAGGUGUCUGGGGCCCGUGAGCGCAAAAAGGUGCAGCGUUUUUCUGAAGUGCUGAAGCCAGUAAAGGAGGACAAAGCAGUGAGCGUGCCAAAAGGAUCGGGCACUGCACUGGGGGAUAUUUUCUCUGUCAAUACAAUGAUCACCAAAAGCGGGGCUGAUGACCUAAAAAUUCUGCACAGGGUUUGCUUCAAUAGAGUGGGAAAGGCAACCACCGUCAAAAAGCUUCUGCGCCAAUUCAAUGGCUUUGAUUUUGUUGAAAGCUCUGAGGAGUACACAAAAAAGCUUGAACACAUCAAAAAAUUGGAGAAGAAGUCAUUGAGUUUGAUUGCAAAAGUCAUUGGCACUAAGCAGUCUGUGCCCAAAGAAGAGUUGUCAAAGAACAUCCUGGACUUCCUCCUGAAGCCCAAGGAACUGAAGGAAUCUGCAGCCAAGAAGGCUAAGACAAGCAAGGGCAAGAAGCGCGGAAGAAAGCCUACCAAGAAAGCAGCUGAUGAUUCCGACGAAGAGGAGGACGAGGCACCCGUUCCGAAAAAGAGCAAACUGGUAGUGAAGGUGGACAAGAAGAAGAAGGUUGAAUCAGGCAGUGAGCCAGAGGAGUCGGAAGAAGAGGAGAAACCAAAAAAGAGGGGAAGAAAACCAGCUAAUAAGAAGACAAAGCCGGCGGCUAAGAAGCCUAAGAAAAAGUUGUCCAGCGAGUCUGAAUUGUCAGAGUCUGAAGACGAACAGCCCAAAAAGAAGAAGGUGACAAAGAAAGGAUCUGCCUAUUCUGCCUCUGAGUCAGAGGAGCAGGCAAAGGAGGACUCUGAGGGCGAGGCAAGUUCUGAGGAGGAAAAGAAGCCCAAGAAAAAGGCUAAGAAACCAGUGAAGAAGGCUGCAUCCUCAGAAGAAAAUGAAGAAUCUGAAAAUGAGAAGCCAAAAAAGAAGGUCGCGAAGCCAACCAAAAACGCUAUGUCCUCAGAAGAUGAGCCUUCGGAGUCGGAAGAUGAAAAGCCGAAGAAAAAGACCAAGCCAGGGAAGGAGGCAAAGUCCUCAGAAGACGAGGCUUCAGAAUAUGAAGAUUCUGAAGACGAGAAGCCCAAGGCUAAGAAGAAACUGGAAAAGAAAAAGCCGGAUAAGAAGGAGAGAGCAAAAAAGGUUGAAUCCUCUGGCGAUGAAGACGAAGAUGUUUUGGAGAAGAAAGAGGAGAAAAAGCCUGCUGGCUACCCCACAGAUGAAGAACUGGAUAAACUGACCACAAAACUAACGAGAGCAGCUAACUUUGAGGUGGCAACCAUGAAGACAUUGUGCCAGGACGUUUUUGACUCAUUCCCUAAUAUUGACUUGUCAGAGAAGAAGGGCAUGAUCAAGACUGUCAUCAAGAGGGUGCUCAGCGAAAACACAGAUUAAGAAAUUUGACGAAACUACCCCCAAGGAACAUGGAACAAAAUAGGCGUAUUUUAAUUUUAACUCUUAAGAUGCAAAAGUUAUGUUGCAUUAUGGGAAAUAUGUAUGUUUUCUUAAUACUAGUAAUUUUAAAGACUAUGUGGCUCAUUUGUCCUGCUGCAACUUGAACCGGAUGCUUUAAUUAAAACUUUCUGACAAAUAAAAAUAUGAGAUGGUUUUAAUGUA